GGGCUCCAUACAUCCUGAGAAUUCUGGGUAGUGAAGUCUUUCUUCCUUGUUAUUGUCACGUGAUGCUAGCUGUGGCAGCAGGUCUGUAAACAGGCUGUACCAGCUAACAUGAUGCGGGGAAAGACUGUGAUAGUGACGGGAGCGAACAGCGGAAUCGGGAAAGCUACAGCAGCGGCGAUUGUGAAGCUCCAGGGCCGGGUGAUAAUGGCCUGUCGGGACCAAACCAGAGCCGAGGAGGCUGCCCAGGCCAUCCGCCAGGAGACCGGCGCAGACUGCACACAGGUCAUGGUCAAACAGCUGGACCUGGCCUCCUUGAGGUCUGUGCGCUCCUUCUGUGAAGACAUUAUAAAGGAGGAACCUCGGUUACAUGUUCUGAUCAACAACGCUGGAGUCUACCAGUGUCCUUACACCAAAACAGAGGAUGGCUUCGAGAUGCAGUUUGGGGUCAACCACCUUGGUCACUUCCUACUUACCCACCUGUUAAUGGACCUUCUGAAACAGUCAGCGCCCAGCCGCAUCGUGGUGGUCUCCUCCAAGCUUUACAAACAUGGUGACAUUAACUUCGAAGACCUGAACAGUGAGCAGUUCUACGACAAGGCCUUUGCCUACAGUCGCAGCAAACUGGCCAACCUGUUGUUCACCUGCGAGCUGGCCCGCCGCCUGGAGGGCAGUGGAGUAACAGUGAAUGCUCUAACUCCAGGCAUCGUGAGGACUAACCUGGGGCGGCAUGUGCACAUUCCGGUUUUAGCAAAGCCCCUUUUCAACCUGAUCUCCCGGGGCUUGUUUAAAAGCCCGGAGGAAGGAGCUCAGACUUCAGUGUAUUUGGCCUCCAGCCCGGAUGUUGACGGUGUGCUGGGAAGGUGCUUUGCAGAUUGUAAGCCUCUGGAACUUCUGGAUAAGGCCACAGAUCAGGAAGUGGCAUCGAAACUGUGGGACAUCAGUGAAGUCAUGGUGGGCAUAACGACUUGAGAACUGUCUGAGACGUGCAGGUUUUUCUUUGCAGGGUAAUGACUGAAGCUGAAGGAUAUGCAAUGCCUUGGUUACAUUUCCUUAACUUUUAGUUGUGGUGUUGAAAUAUCAAAAUGCUUUCUGUUUAUGGAAAUGUUUGGAUCCAUUUACAUGGUGAUUUGUUUGCAGCAUCUUGUUUCAGGUGCAAGAAUCUUUGUUUAAGUUUGUUUUUAAUAAAUUCCUAAGUCAAAUACUUCUAAUGUAACCUU